UUUUCCGGGUUGCUCACCGGCCUGUCCUCGCUAAAAUGGCGGAGGUCGGUCAGCGGCUGGGCGGCGGCGCUUACCGGCUGUCCGCUCUCAGAACCGGCCACAGUCGACCGAGGAGCCCCGGAGGAAGUCCCGGAAGUCUUCUGAUAAGCUGCGGCUCUGGUGGCAGCCGGGCUGAAGAGGAAUCAGUCCGAGAUCAAAGAGGAGUGUCAAAGAGCAAAACAACAAGACGAAGAUCACAGAAACUUUCCAGAGCGACGAAUUUUGAAAAUCAGCCUGGAAAUGUGACUUUGCUCUGUGCCACCUCUUUGGAGCUGAGUACACCAAGUUUAAUCUGGUUGGUUGAAAGCAGAGAGAACCGACCAGCCCAUAAAACAGCCUUGUUCCGAUCUGCAGGGCUCCUCCAGGAGAAGCUGCUGCCUGGUAGGAUGACACCCUGGACCAGAGGGGCUGUCUCCAUCCACCCUGAUGCCUUCAGGUCCCCUCAGCAGCUGCGAGCUUUCUGCACUGUCCUCUUCGUUCUGUCAGAGCAGGGAUCACUGUGGCCUGGAUGCGGGUGGAGACGUCUGAAACCUCACCCUGAUACCCUGAAAGCUUCAGCAUCAUCUAGAAGCUACAGCUGGAGCUCAGAAGAUGCUCCUCUGCUGCACAGAAGCAGGACGGCCUAUUACGACAUCCUCAGCGUGUCCCCCACCGCCACACAGUCCCAGAUCAAGACGGCCUACUACAAGCAGUCCUUCAUCUACCACCCUGACAAGAACCCGGGCAGCGAGGAGGCCACCCAGCGGUUCUCUGAGAUCAGCGAGGCGUACACGGUCCUGGGCAACAUCAGCCUGAGGAGGAAGUACGACCGGGGCAUCCUGAGCCAGUCUGACGUCCAACGUGCAGGGAGGCCGUCUUCUAGAGAGACCACAGGCAGAUCCACAGGUUCCCCACAUCAGCAGCAGCAGCAGAGAGCCAGGAGGUUCUCCCAACCCGGAGGGAAACCCAUAUUUGAUUUUGACGCCUUUUAUCGGGCUCACUACGGGGAGCAGCUGCAGAGAGAGAGGGACAUGAGGGCCCGCAAGCAGCGCAUGGAGGAGCAGCAGAAGGUGAACGUGAGCAGGUGGAGGGAGGGGAAGAUGAUGGAGCUGGCUUUGACAGUGGCGGUGGGCAUGGCAGGGCUGCUUCUCGCCAGUCUCGCCAGGCCCUGAAAUAGAAACAGCAGCCAGACGCGCCACCUCUCAUGUUGUGAUUCUCAGGGAGGGUGAGGGAGAGGGUGAGGGAGGGGUGAGGGAGGGGUGAGGGUGCUACCUCAGACUGUUUUGCAAGUGUUGCACAGUUUCUGACAGUUGAAGGUGAUUAUUUUUAGUGUUGCUUGUGUACACACACCAGCGGCUAGCUGUACAAGCAGCAGUCUGUCUUCUCAUUCAUAAAAUGCAUCCACUCACAUGCUGAAUGUAUUAGGUUCCUAAUUUUGAAAGUCUGUCUUAAAAUAAUCAUCAGGUACCCAUUUGAACACUAAAACAGUUAUUAUCUCUCCUCCUGUUUUUACUAGACAAAGAUCCGUUCUUGAUGUGUUUUCAAUGUAAGUGAUGGGGAAAAGAAUACACAGUCCUCCCCUUUCCUUCUUUUAUGCAUUGAACAGUUAACCUGAAGGUAAUAUAUGAGCCUUCAGCAGGUUAUUUUUAUAAGAUAUCCUCCCCACUAUGUGAUCCACAGUCCACUAUUUUUGGUAAUAUCUUUGUGCUGCAGCUCAACAUAGAACCACUAUCCAAGUAAACAAAAAGGCUGAAUCUGACCUGCAUUGAAAUCAUAUCAAGAUCUUUUAAAGUCCUUGUCCGGUCAUUGCUUUAACCCCCAAAAGCUCAUCUGUGUGUAUCAGAGUUACACAUGUAGACUUUUUCCCCCCUAUGAGACUGUCAUUGGCACACUGCAGUUUCAAAGUAGCAGAACUCAGCCGUGGCGUUGACUGUUUAUUUCACCUAUGACACCUUAUGGACAUGUUAACAAGGUAAAAACUUGAUUUAUGGCCAGUAAGAAUAGUACUAAUAGGUAUGCAAAGAAAAAGCAGCUCUAUGGCAUAUCUGGACAAGACAGAUUUGCAAAAUUGCGUAUUAAUCCUGUAAGAAAGCAACUGAAUUUUCCUAAUUUCUUCAUGUCAUUGGAAGUAUUUAUUCCUGUAAUACUUCAAGCACAGGGUUUUCCUGUCCCACAAUACAGUAAAGCCACUGAUUCUGCUUUACCUUAUCUGGAAAAAAUCAGUGCCUUUCUUGUUAGUUUUGAUCAUUUGAUAACAAAAAUGUCUGUUAUACUUGAAUAAAUUAAACACCUAUUGACAAUAUUGAUUAGAAUUUUGUUUCACCCUCAAUUCUUCUGAUUUUGCUGCUGGCGGUUUUUCUUCAACACUGGCUGAAACCUCUUUGGCAGGUGCUAAAAAUUCCUGUAUACAGGACGAAUCGUGAAGCAUGUAGGCCUUUACAGGAUCUCUGAAGCAGCCAGUUUAUGGGUGAUGAGAAGAUAUUUCAUACUGAAUGGCUUUCUCACGUUUCAUUUGAUUCAUCUGUGCUGGUUUGCUGUUUCUACCAGCCAUCACAACAGUUGUUCAGUCAGUUGUGAUGCUCUGUGAACCUUAAUUUACUUCUGUUUCUAAAGCCAAUCAACUUUUGGCAACUUAAAUGGAUCUCUCUUCAUCCAAAUACUGCAGAGAGAUGGAAAAAUUCAACUUUUAAUGCUGAUCAAAGCACAAUUCAUCCACCUUACGCUAUACACUGACUCUGUAAUGUACAAAACUGACUAUAAUAUAAAUUAAUUUAUACACAUUUUGACAUCAUCCUCCAGAUGUUAAGUGUAUAUAUGUGUAUGUACUGUACAUACAGGAUGCUGCAUUGUGAUUGAUAUGUUAUUGGAAAUUUAAAAAUAUUUAUUUUGUGUAAAGGAGACUGUAUUUAAGAAACUACAAUAAAACUGUUUGAUUAA